UCAAAUGUAUCCCCGAUCCUUCAGGUUCUCUAUGAUGGAAAGGUCCUGGGGAAGUUUUGUAGCCAUGAGAAUUGUACAGAUGGGCAUCGCCCAGGCAACCAUUCCAUUAUGUCUCCAGGAGACAAAGUCUCCCUCAUUUUCCAGACAGAUGGCAACAACCCAGAGCGGCACCAGAAAGUGGGCUUCUCUAUUCAGCAUCAGGCAAUAGACAUAGAUGAGUGUUCAGCGCCAGAACCUGGAGAUGGCUCAGAUCCACUCUGCUCUCAGAUCUGCCUAAACACCCUUGGCACAUACUUCUGCUCCUGUCACCACGGCUUCGAGCUUCACUCAGACCAGCGCACCUGUGUGUUGAGUUGUACUGAAGAUCUGUCAGGGCUGAACAGCGGUAACAUAUCCAGUCCCUCCUGGCCUGCUUCAUACGCAGAGAAUGCCAACUGUCAGCACACCCUGUCUGUGGAGGCCCACCUGUGGCUGGAGCUGCACUUCUCUGAAGAUUUUGAUGUGGAACAAAGCCCUGAUGGCCAAUGCAUAGAUGCACUGACAAUUGAGACUCCCUCUGGGACUCUGGGGCCGUUCUGUGGCCACACGCCUCCCCCAUCUCCCUUCCUCACCCACUCAAACCAUGUCCAAAUCCGCUUCAUCUCGGAUGGCUUUGGCACAAACAAAGGCUUCUCUCUCUACUUCAAAACCAGAGACAAGGUCUGUCCAGCAGUGGUAACCCCACACUCCACAGUGACUCCUCAGCAACCAGAAUAUUCUCAGGGUGAAACAGUGACAGUAACUUGUGAUCUUGGCUAUGUUGUGAAUUCUACACUUUCAUCAGAGUAUUUGACAACAUGCCAGAGUACAGGCGUAUGGACUCCCACUUACAUGUGUGAACCUGUGGAUUGCGGUUUUCCUGGUAUCCCAGAAGAUGGUAUCCUUCAGUUGGUUGGCUCAGCACACACUCAGUAUAAAGACCAGAUCCAGUUUAACUGCAGUUCAAAGUACUACACACUGGAAGGAGAUGAGACCUACAUUUGCAAUGCCACUGGUGAGUGGGCAUCAGAUGGUGGCAAGACAGAGCUACCCAAAUGCACUGAAAUGUGUGGGAAGCCUGAAAAACACCCGGCAAGUAUAGGCAGAAUAUUGGGAGGUAAGAAUGCAAAGCUGGGAGAGAUACCAUGGCAUCUCUUGAUAAAAGAGCCAAGAAGAGGAGGAGCAUCACUGAUCAAUGACCGAUGGGCGGUCACGGGAGCUGUGAUUGUGGAAGACAUAGAGGAAACCUCUUUACGCCUGUAUGGUGGACUGAUAGAUGGAAGAACAGCAGAUAGUUUGUCUGAUGUAGUUGUCGUGGACAGUGAAAGGAUCAUAAUUCAUCCCGACUACGUCAAGGGCAUUGACGAUCGCACCAGUUUUGACAAUGAUAUUGCUCUUAUCAGAUUUUCUUCCAGAGUGAAUUUAGGCCCAAACCUCAUUCCCAUUUGUCUGCCAGAGGUAAAGAGAAGUUGGGUGGAAAAUGAGCUAGGGACUGUGUCAGGCUGGGGGAAGACAGAAGUGCAAAUAAAAAAAGAAGAUGCAACACGUUUUGUCACAUCUGCCCAGUUAAAAUAUGCUCAUAUUGGGGUCAAACCCCUUUCAGAGUGUGAGGAUACCCCUUUAACAUCAACUAAGGAACGCAUGCUUUUCACUAACAAUAUGUUCUGUGCUGGAGCAGACGGAAAGGACAGCUGCCAGAAAGACAGUGGAGGUCCGUUUGUUUUGCCUAUGUUGGCUGAAGGCAGAGAGCCUUAUUAUCUGACUGGCAUUGUGUCCUGGGGACCUCCCUGUGAAGAAAGGCAGUACAAGGGUUAUUAUACCAAGGUGGAAAAUUAUGUUGACUGGAUUAAGAAGACAAUAGACACAAUAGAAAAAUCUUAGAGUGAAAAAAGAUGAGGGAGAAAAUACUUUGCUACUAACCAUAAUAACAUAAUCCAUGUCAGGACUGAUUCAGAUCUUUGAAAUAAAAAAAUGUUUAUGAAUACAAAGACUAUAUAACCUUGUAAUCAAAUGUACCACCAUUAUUAACAUGAAGCUCUGAUCACAUUACGACUUCAUACUUCACUUGUGUAUUAAAGGAAUUUGCAAAUCA